AUGUCUUAUGAUGAUUAUUUUGGUUUUGAAGGCUCCAGUUAAAUAAUUAAUGUAGAAUAAUUAACACAGUUUGAAAGUCACUAACUAAAUAGUAUAUUGAAUAAUUAUUUAAGCUUAAUAAACUUAAUAGUUUAUUUAAAUAAUUGAUCCAAAUAAUAUUGAAGAUCCAGGAUUUGCGUUUCUAUUGCAAGAAGCUAGCGCUACUUAAUUAGAAGAAGCUAUAUUAUAAAAUAUAUCAAUGUUUUUUAAUCGAUAAGCAAAAUUUUAUAAUUAUCUUACAUAUUUAUUGUAAUUGACAGAUAUAGACAGUUAAGGUAUAUUUUAUACAAUAUUAUUUAGGUGCUCCUGAAUAUAGUAAUUAAUUAAAUAGGUUAUUGAAGAUGUUCUUUUAAAUUCAUGAGAUUGGAUAGAAUUCGGAAUUCACAUAAUAAUUAACAUAAUAUUAUGGUUUAAAAGAUUUUAAAACAGGAUAUCCUUUUGGAUAUUAUAUCAAUAGUGAUAAAUAAUUAAUUGAUCUUUUAUUGAAGAUUAUUUUAAGUGAAGAAAUUGUAAAUAAAGAAAAUGAUUUCUUUUCCUAAAUUAGAAUUUAUAUGUUAAGAUUUUUUAUUUUUUCUAUUAAUCCUCCGAAACCAUUUUUAGGUAGAACAUCAUUUAAAUCAAAACAAUAUUAGAUAGUUAAUAAAAUAAAUAAUGAAUUAUUUGAAACUAAUUUUGAGAAGCCUUAUAAAUUAGAUUUACUGGCAUUAACUUAUCUAUCUGAUCCAGAAUUAAAUUUUGGAUUAUUUAAAGAAACAAUUGAAAUUCUAAGAUCUACUCUUUAAAGGUAAUCUAAUAAUUAUAAUAAAUAGUUUAUUGGAAUAGAAGAGUACUUAAUUAGAAACUAAUCAUGAAAUACAAAAUCUAUUAUAAUUUUUCAUAGCAUUUACAACCAAUUAAUAAAUGAUGUAAUCUUUCUUUCAAAUUAAUUUUCAUCAUAACCUUUAUCAAUAUUUAAGAUAAAAUAAACCAAUUGAAAAUACUGUUAAUCAAUGUAAUUGGUCUAAAGAUCCUUUGAUUAUUGAAUAAAUGGUAAGUUUAAUUAUAAGAAUAUUGAGUUAUGAUAAUUUAGAUAAAUAAUUCAUUAUUAUAUUAUAAGAAGAUUUCAUACUUUAUUUGUAACAUUAAAAAUUGGAUAUGAUAACUAAAAUUAUUUUGCCUAUUUUAAAUAAUGAACUAAUUUAAUUAGUGCCUAUAUGUUUCCAUCCAAAAUUAAGUAUAGCUGAAAGUAAAGCACUUACUGAUAAAUUAUUAUCUAACUACACUAAAACUAUGUCAGGUUCAACAUUAAUAUUAACUGAACUUCUUAUAAAAAGUUAAUGUGAUAAAAUAAAUUAAUUAGUUUUAGAGAAUCUAAAUAAAAGUAAACAAUAAUAAUAGUAAAAUCUUAAUUAACCUUAAAAUUAGUAAAUUAUAAUGAAUUAAGAAUAUAAUGAUUUAGCUAUGUUUUCUCUUUUUCCUGAAGAUUAUUAUGUGGAGAAUCUCAAAUAUACAAAUCCUCAAUAAUUAUAGAAAUUAAAAUUUAUUUCAAUUUAAUAAAAAUAAAAUAAUAUAAAUGAAAAAUAAAAUUAAAUAAUAGGUUCUUGGAUUCAUUUGCAUUCAUUUAGUGCUUUCAAUCCUCAUUUAAAUUCUUAAAUUGUAACAAAAGUAUUAGAAAAUAGAAGUAAUGUUUUAUUUAUUUUUGAAAUUAUGGUAGGAGGAGAAAAUGUUAAACUUGCAUGUUUUGUCAAUUAAUUAAUUUAAGAUGGAAGAACAUAAAAUUAUGUAUAAGCUAGAUCAAAUGAAUCAUCAUUUUAUGUCAUGAUGGUUUAGGAUGAACAUUUAUGGUAUGUAAAUGCAUUAGACGGGAGACCUCAUAUUUUAUUAGAUAUCUAAUAACAUAUGAUUUAGAUUAGUCAUCAUAAUUAACCUAUAGCAUGCAUAAAUUUCUAUGAUUUUUAAUAGAGUAGAUUUGGAUUCCCAUUUUAGAAGUUGCAAGAAAAGACAUUGUUAAUGGAGCAAAUUAAUGCUGCUUUAUAGGGCUUAGAGUGUUAUUUAUUAUCAAUAGAAUUACAUACUUUUGAUGUGAACAAAGAGAAUUUAUUUGAAGAUGAUCUAUAAUCAUUAAAUAAUAACUAUUUAAAGAAAUUGAAUUAUUAUUAUUCUAAUUUGAGAAUGUAGCCAAUUUAAUUUAUACCUAAAACAGUAACAGUGUAAGAAUUGAAUUAGUAUUUGAAUGAAAAUAUAGAUAUUGAUAAUUUGAAAGAUAAAUAUAUAAAUGAUAUAUAUGUAGAUAAGCCAGUUACUUAGUAAAUAUAGAUUAAAAUUAAACAUUGUAAACCAAUGUUAUUAUAUUUUGAAAAAAAGAUGGGUGGUAUUCUUAAAAUACUUGCUUAAGUAUAAAAGUAUUUAGAAAUAGUUAAAGCAGAAAAGUAAGUUUAAGAUUUAAUUUUUGAAUUGACAAUUUUAUGUUAGAUUGAUGGAUUUCAAGAAUAAAUUAUGUAAAGUGAAGGAUUCUUAUAAUAAUUAUUAGCAUUGGCUUAUUUAAAUAAGUAAAAUGAAAGUAAAGAGAUCUAUAAAAAGAUAAAUUUAAUGAUUUAUUAACAAUUAGUUUAAUUAUUAAAGAAGAAACCUUUUCUUAAGAUUGUGAUGUUAUUAGAACAUAAACUUUUGGAGAAAAUAGUUAUUAAGACAGAAUAAUAUUUGAAUUUAAUUAACUAGAAUACUCAGUCAUAAAUAUAAGUUUAAGUGAAAUUUGAAAAGCCAAAAGUUUAAUAUUUUAAAUAAUUAAUCCCAAAUUAAGGAAAGCCUAAAGGUAUUGGAUAUGGAGAUGUUGAAUAUAAUGGAUUUCAAUUUAUUAAUCAAUAAUAACAAUUUAUCUAAUAGUAAUAAAAAUAAUAACAAUUUAAUUAAUAAUAAUAAAAAUAAUAAGAAGAGAAUAAAAUAGAGAAAAAAUAAAAUGAUAAUGAUUUAAAUUUGGAAAAUUUAUUAAAUUGUUUAAUCCAUUUAUUAGAUCUUGAGUUUAUUAAUAUAAGAGUAUUAGAGUGUAUUCAAUAAUCAAAUAUUAUGAACUUAGUAAUUAAAUAUUUAUAGAGUGUCAAUAUAACAUCAUUGGAAGGUUCAAAAACAUUUAAUUAAAUGUUAAAGAUAAUCAAAUAUUUAUCAUAAAGAGAAAUGACAUUGCAAUUAUUCAUAUCAAAAGAGAAUACAUGUUUAUUUAGAUAAAUGGAAUCAUUUAAUUAAUAAAUACUGAUUUUUAUUAAAACAUUCAAUUCCAAAAUAAAAGAAUUAAAUAAAUUUAUGGCAUUAUAUUAAUAUGUGGAAUCUUGUUUGUUUGCUGCAAAAUUAAUAACUAUAAAAUACAUAUCUUAAGAUUUAUAGAAUAAUGGAGAUAUUAAUGUUACAAUGCAUCAAUUUUAUAGACCAUUUAUGAAAGGAUUAGUUGUUGGUAAAUGUGAAAUUAAGACUGAUGCAAAUUACCUAACUAAUAUGAAAGACUAUUAUGUAUAAACAAAUAAUCCAUCAUAAAAUAAAAUGUAAAAACUAGUCUCAGAGAUUUCAACAAUAAAUGAAAAUCUACCACUUGAAGCAACCAAUUCAAUCUUCAUAAGAUAUGAUAAUGAUAGAAUGGAUUGUAUGAGAACUAUUAUAUUUGGUGCCAGUGGUACACCUUAUGCCCAUGGAGCAUUCUUAUAUGAUAUGUUUUUUGGUGAUGAUUAUCCAUAAAGACCUCCAAAAAUGAAAUUGGCAACAACAGGACAUGGUAAAGUAAGAUUUAAUCCAAAUCUAUAUAAUUGUGGAAAGGUUUGUUUAAGUUUAUUAGGUACUUGGGGUGAUAAUUGGAUUGCUAAUUUCUCUAGUAUCUUAUAAAUAUUAGUAUCUGUUUAAUCUAUGGUAAUGAGUGAAUAUGUAAUGUUUAAUGAACCAGGAUGGGAAUCUUAGAUGGGAACACCCAAUGGUGAAUAGGCUAAUAGAGGUUAUUGCAAUUUCAUCAAGAUAUAGAAUAUUAGAUAUGCUAUGAUAGAAUAAUUAUAAAAACCACCUAAAGGAUUUGAAGAAGUAAUAAAGAAGAGUUUUUAUUUGCGUAAAGAUUUGAUAAAAUAAGAGAUUGAAUAAUGGAUAGAAUAAGCGAAUUUACCAGCAACCUACCAUCAAACUUAGAAUCAAUGUACUUAUUCUGUCUAGCCAUAACAAUACAAAUAAGAUUUGAUUAAAAUAUAUUAAGAAUUGAAAGUGGAAUUGGAGAAAUUGAAACUCAAUAUUGGAAAGGAUUUCCAGACUAUAUCAAAUGAGAAGAAGAAAGAAAUAAGUUUUAAUUUAGAUAAUAUUUAAAAAUAAUAAUAAUAAUAAUAGAUAGUUAAUAAAAAAGUGAUGCCUUAAGGUUUGAAUAUCAAUGAGAUUGAUAUUAGUUAUAAUAAUAAUUUAUAAUAAAGAUAAUUUGAUUCAAAUGAUCAAAAUCUAUAGAAUUUGAUGAGUAGAUAUAUUGGAGUUGUUGGUUUAGAUGCAGUAAAGAAAUAAAGUGAAUCUACUAUUUUCAUACAUAUAUUAAAUGGUUUAGGUAUUGAAAUAGCAAAGAAUAUAGUAUUAUCAGGUGUAAAAAGAAUAAUAUUAUUUGAUCCUUAAUUAGUUUAGAUGAGUGAUUUAGGUAGUAAUUUUUAUUUGACAGAAUAAGAUAUAAAUAAGAGAAGAGAUUUUAGUAUUUUAAAUAAAUUAAAACAUCUAAAUCCAUAUGUUAAAAUUGAUGUUCUCUAAAAUAGUCUAAAUGAAUUAAAUUUAAAUGAAAUUUAAGUAUUUGUUACUUAAGAUCCAACUAUUGCAAGUAUGAUAUCAAAUUAAAAUAAACUUGCUGUUAUUUUAGCAUAAACUAGAAAUAUUUUUGUAAGAAUUAUAACUGAUUUUGGUAAUGAAUUUACAAUUGUUGAUAAAGAUGGUGAAUAAUUAUCAGAAGUUAAUAUUGAAAAUAUAUCUAAUAAUGUAGUUACUUUAUUUAAGAAUUAAAAUCAUAAUUUAAAUGAAAAGGAUUUUGUAUUAAUUUAAGAAGUUAAAUAAUUAUAAGGAAUUGGAGAAAGUUAUAAUUAACUAUUUUAAAUUAAAAAUGUUAAAAGAUCAUCAUUUGAAUUAAUCACAAAUAGAUUAUUUACUAAAUAUAUUAGUCAUGGUGUAGCUUAUUAAUAGAAAUAAACUAUUAAAUUAUAAUUUGAUAGAAUAUAUAAGGUAAUUGGUUCAUUAAAUCAUUAUUGUGAUAAUGUUGGAACAUUUGAUGGAAUUGAUAAAAUUAAAAGAGAUAUUAUUCAUUUUUGUAUGAAUUAAACUACAAGUGAAUUAUUGACAGAUAAUUGGGAUAUAGAAAAAAUUAGAAUGUUUAUAACUUUAAUGAGAUCAUAAAAUCUUAGAGAAUUGUUAAAUAUAAAAUACUAGGAAGAUAUACUUAAUAAAUAUUAAGAAGAGUUAUUAUCAUUAUUUACAUUAUUAUCAAUCAAUACAUAAUUCUAACCUUUAUGUGCAUUAAUUGGUGGUAUGGUAGCUUAAGAAGUAUUGAAAGCCAUAAAUAAGAAAUAUACUCCAAUUCAUUAAGCUUAUGUUUAAUCAUUUGAAGAUGUACUUCCAUUUAAAUUAACAUAAUUAAAUUUUAUUAAGAUUGGUUAAUCUAACAAUCUCGAAGUUAAUUUAAAUAACUACUAAAAAUGUAUGUAGUAAUUUGGAUUUAAAUAGAAUUUCAAAACUAGAUAUAAUGAUAUGACUAAUACUAUUGGAAAUGUUGAAAAAAUAUUCAAAGCUGAAGUCUUUGUUGUAGGAGCAGGAGCUAUAGGUUGUGAAUUACUUAAAAAUUAUGCUAUGUUAGGUGUCAGUAAAUUUGGUAAAAUAUAUGUUACAGAUCCAGACAUAAUUGAAAAUUCAAAUCUAAGUCGUUAAUUCCUUUUUAGAGAGAAACACAUUAGAAAACCUAAAAGUUUGACAGCUGCUGCUGUUGUUAAAUAGAUGAAUCCAGAUAUUAAUAUAGUAGCAAGAUUAGAUAAGGUAUGUUAAGAAACUUAAGAUAUAUAUCAUAAUCAAUUUUAUACAUAAAUGAAUUGUGUAACAAAUGCUUUAGAUAAUGUAUAAGCUAGAUUAUUUAUUGAUUCUAAAUGUGUUGAAAAUAAAGUAUCAUUAAUUGAAAGUGGAACUUUGGGACCAAAAGGACAUGUAUAAUCUAUUAUCCCAGAUGUUACUGAAAGUUAUGCAAGUAAAUAAGAUCCAGAAUAAAACAAUGAUAUACCAUAUUGUACUUUAAGAAUGUUUCCAGAAUCUAAUAUUCAUUGUUUAGAAUGGGCAAGAGAUAAAUUUGAAUAAUACUUCUUUAGAAAACCAUAAGCUUUAGUGUAAUUAAUGUAGGAUCCCUCUCCAUAAUAAUAAACUGUUGAUUUGGCCAUCAAAGUAUUAAAGAAGUAUCCUACUACAUUUUAAUAAUGUGUACAUAUGGGUAGAUUGAAAUUCCAGAAGCUCUUUAAUUAUGAUAUCAUAACCUUAAUGAAUGCUUAUCCCUUGAAUUCUUUAACUAAAGAAGGUAAAUUAUUCUGGGCUCCUCCAAAAAGACCUCCUAAACCAAUUGAUUUCAUUGGAUAAUUUGCAUUUCAAUUUGUUGAAGAUUUUGCUAUAUUAACAGCAUAAAUUUACAAUACUUCAAUUCCUUAAAAAUAUGAUUUGAAUGAAUUACUAAAAGAUAUUAGGAUUCCAAAGAUAAACAUAAAAUAGAAUAGGAUAAAAGAGAUAGUUGAGAAAUAAGAUAAAAAUAAUUAAUCAUAAUAAUAAAUGUAAGAAGAAGUUUAAAAUUAUGAUCAACUUAUUAAAGAAGCAAGAUAAUUAUUAAAUAAUGUAAAACCAACAUUACCAUAACCUUAACAAUUCGAAAAAGAUGAUGACAAUAAUCAUCAUGUAUCAUUUAUAACUGCUGCUACAAAUGGUAGAGCAAUUAAUUAUGGUAUUUAAUAGGUUGAUUGGAUGUGGACUAAAUUAAAAGCAGGAAGAGUAAUCUAUAUAUUCUAAUUAUCUUUAGAUUAUUCCAGCUAUGGCAACUACUACUUCUUGUAUUGCUGCUUUACAGACUAUGGAAUUGAUUAAGAUACUCUAGAAUUCAACUUAGUAUAGAAAUACAUUCUUAAAUCUUGCAAUUCCAUUUAUGAUGUAGAGUGAACCAGGAGAAGUUGAUAAAGUAAUAUAAAUUAUAUAUAUAUAUUUAGUUUUAAUUAAAAAAUGGAUUAAAUAUUUCAAUAUGGACUAAAUUGAAUUUAAAGAUAAAGAGAUUAACAGAGCCAUUAUAAUUCAUAGUGAAGAAAUUAGAAUUUAUGAUAGGAGAAAAUAUUAAUAGUCUUUAAUAAGGAGCAAAAGUAUUUUAUAUGAAAUAAAUGUUACCAAAAGAUGAAAUAGAAAAAUAUAAUUAUAUCAAUGUUCCAAUUCACUAAUGCAUAUAGGUAUUUUAUUUAAUGUUAUAUAUUAGUUUAUUAAUGAUUCAUCACAAAUAAAUGUAUAAAUAAGUGACAAUAAAUCGUUAGUAGUGCUUAUUACUUUGGUUUGA